AGCAUCAUAUAUAACAAAUUGUUGCCUACUUUUGUUGAUUAAGUAUGUAUCUGUAAGCACUUUUGUAUGCAACGAAAUAAUGUAUUAUCAGAUACUAGUAUUUAUUGCUAUGUAGCAUAAUCUGUCUUGAACUUUAGACUGCUAGCCACUGCCGGGAUAGUAGAAAUCGUAUUAGAAGUUGUAUUUGUAUGAAUUACUCGGAGUUGAACCACUAGCGUGUGUUUCGGCGUAUUAUAGACCUCUGGUAGCAAAGUGGGAAGGUUGGCACUACAUAAAUACUUAACGAUAUCUAAUAUAACUCAAUUCAAAACAAUGAAAAGAAACAUGUCCUCAAAUGUCUUCUCAAUUAAUUUAGAAACAUUUUGUCACAACAAGCAAAAUGUGUAUAAUUGAUAUUUUGGAAAUAACGUAAUAUUUUUUCUCAAUCCAUGGUGAUAAUUUUGUACAGAGCGAUGUCUUCGCUUACUUUGAGUAAAUUAAAAAAAGCACCGAUAGGAAAGAUUGAUAAACAACGAAAAAAAAUUAACCGGUUUGAUGGAUUAACGGAAGAAGAAGUGCAAAAGUAUACUUUGCCAGAUUAUUUGGAAAUGAAUUUAGAUAUAGUUUUCGUCGGUAUAAACCCAAGUUUAAUGGCAGCCCAUCGUGGUAGAUACUACGCUGGUCCAGGUAACCAUUUUUAUAAACUUUUGCAUGAAUCAAGACUAACAUCUCGAUGUUUAAGUUACGAAGAAGAUCAUAAACUUCUUCAAUUUAGAAUUGGUUUAACAAACAUAGUAUCUCGAGCUACAAAGUCUUCUGCUGAUUUAAAGCGUACAGAGAUCAAAGAGGGUUCUAAAAUUGUAGAAGAAAAAUUAAAACUUUAUAAGCCAAAGAUUGCUGUUUUCAAUGGCAAAUGUAUCUAUGAAGUAUUUGCUAAUAAAACAGAUAAUUUCAAUUUUGGAUUGCAACCAGAAAAAGUUGAUGAAACUGCAAUUUGGGUCACUCCAUCAAGUAGUGCGCGUUGUGCAAAUUUUCCAAGAAUGACAGACAAAUUACAUUUCUUUACUUCCUUGAAAAAAUAUUUGCAGUUCCUAAAAGGAGAAAUCAAAGAUAUUGAUAUGAAAGAAUUCUUGUUCGAAGGAAAAUGCAAACAGUUUAUUCCACAAACGUCAAAAAUGUGGCGGCGAAAAAAUAUGUCUACAUUCCUACAUGGAGGAAGAAUUGCUAAUAAAGAUACGAUAUGUCUAGAUACAUCUGAUGAAAAUGUAGCAAUAGCACAUAGUACAGAGUUCAUUGUAAAGAAACUUGAACCUGAUAAAAGUGAUAAAACUGAUGAAAUAUUUGAUACAGAUGAAUCUGAUUCAUCACAAAAUUUUGAGGCAUGUAUUUCUCAAGAUAUUGUAAAAACAUUUUUUGGAAAUGAUGGAACUUCACAAAAAGAACAAUCACUAGCUGUAAAGAAUGUAAAAAUCAAACAACCCAACAAUCAAGCUAUGACCAGUGAUAUAAAAAAAUCUAAACGCCAAACAAACAGGAAAGAGAAAAAGAUUGUUAAAAGAUUUCCUAACAAACCAGUUAGAAGUAAAGAUCUUGAAAAUAACACUAAUGAUUUUAUAAAUUUGAUAAAACAAAGACUGAUAGGAAAACUAAACAAUUUUGAUGAAUAGAUUGGACGUGUUUUAACUUGUAACAUUUGUUAUUAGUAGCAUACAAUUUAAUUAUAAUAUAAUUUAAUAUUAGAAUAAUUCAAUAAAAAUAGAAAUAGGAUACAAAUGUAUAAUAUCUAUUGCAUGGAAGAUUGACAUCUUUACAUUUUAUAUUUUUAUAAUUAUGUUUUGUAUAAAACUGAAAUUGUGGCAAUAAUAAAAUUUUAGGUAAUAAAACUUAUCAUUAUAAAAAUAUUGAAGACAUUAUUCUCCAUAUAAAUUUACAGAAUAUUUUUCUUUUUCAAUUAUUAAUCUUGAAAAUAAUCAAAAUUCAGAAUAAUAUGAAAUUUUAAUUUAUUCAAAAUUGAAUAUACAAAUACAUAUAACCUUUUAGAAUAUGCAAUAUAAAACAGGUUUAUUAAUAUUUAUAUUAUAUUUUAUCCCAAACCAUAUGUAUAACUCAGUUUUAAAGCGAAUAAAAAUUGGUAUAAAAAUACUUAAUAACAAAUACAAUUAUAUAUAUAUAUAUAUAUCUCAAUAUAAUAACAAAUA